AAAUGCCUGCUGCUCCUUGACUCAAGCGGAGAAUGGAAGGGGAAAGAAAGAGAAACAAAAGAAUUAAAGGAAGAUCUAGUGGAAUUUGAGUCUGGCUGGGUGAGAAGAAAGGAGAAAUCUUGUGCAAGGAAGCUGUGAGGUAUAGGAGAGAGAUCACUGCACUUGCCUGAGGUCGGAAUCCUUGGCUCUGCCCGCUUCCUUAUUGGAACGUCUUUUUUUCUGCUCAGGGUGGGAUACAGUUGUGAUAGGCGCCUGAGCGGCACUGGGAAGUGCCUGAAAUGUCCCGGACCCCUUCUUUCGUCCUUCCGAUUCCUGAAAGCAGGGAAAGCUCUAGCCAGGAUCUCAGCCCAUAUGAUGAGAGCAUUGUACAUGACUCCUUCCAUCAACUCAUCCAGGAACAGAGUCAGCGGGCUGAAGUUGAACCUCUGGAACUACAAGAGUGGCCUGCUAGGGACAAUGGUGGAGGUUCCCAGCGCCACAGGGCUCCUCAGGAGUAUAGCUCAGCCACACUUCGAAUCCUGGCCAAUAUGCCCAGUCGAACCAUUGGCCGAAGCAGGGGAGCCAUUAUCUCACAGUACUACAAUCAAACAGUCAAACUAAGGCGGAAAAAUAGCCGACCCUUGCUGAGAGACAUGUCACGUUCUGCACGACCCAGUAUUCGGCAAUAUGACUUGGAAUUGGAUUUGACCCCCAGGGAAGAAGAAGAGAAGCGAAGUUUGUUGGUGGAGGAACUGCAGGGCCUGACAAUAACCCAGAGGAACCACAUGCUGCAGAAUAUGCCCCUGAGCCUGACUGAGAAACGCUGCCUCCGACAGGAUGUCUAUAUUCGUAGAGGAAGACAGAGAUACUAUCAAGUCAGCCAGAUCCAGUUGUACUGCUGUAGUCACCUCAAGUAUCACUGUAUCAUAGCUUUCCGCAGCUUGUGGUAUGGUCUUCUCUCUGGUCUAUAUGCUCUGAAGCCCUGGCGUUACUCCCUAAAGCAAAUCAGUGGACAGUUUGGCUCGAGUGUGCUCUCCUACUUCCUUUUCUUGAAGACCUUAGUCUCCUUCAACAUCCUGCUCCUCCUCCUCCUGCUGCCUUUCAUUGUGGCCGUGCAGGUGGCCUUCCCCCCCACUUCAGAGUCCUCUAUCUUCCAGUCAUUCACAGGCCUGGAGCUCUUCACUGGAGGAGGCCCAUUCACCCACACAGUGAUGUACUACGGCUACUACAGCAACUUCACCUUGAAUCAGCCAUGCUCCUCCCAUCAGAGCAGUGACCACUGUCCUGCAAAUGCAGUCCAUCUGCCAUAUAAUAUGCCCCUGGCCUACCUCUUUACCAUUGGCUUUUCCUUCUUUAUCACCUGCAUCACUCUGGUAUACAGCAUGUCUCGUUCCUUUGGGAAGAGCUAUCGGGUGGGCAGUACCCUUGGAAUCCACGCCAUCACCGUCUUCUGCUCUUGGGACUACAAUGUCACCCAAAAAUGGGCUUCCCGCCUACAACAUGAUAACAUUAGGACACAGUUGAAGGAGCUUUUGGCUGAGUGGCAGCUGAAGCAACACCCAAGAAGUAUGUGUGGGAGACUGAGACAGAUGACAGUGCUAUUUCUGGUAUGGCUGCUGUCCCUAGGUUCUGUCCUGGGUUGUGCCAUUGCUGUCUACUCAUUUUCAGAGUUCAUGCAUGAAAACCAUGAGAUUAGGACUGAGAGGAUUAGUGAGAAGCUCCGGGAAGCCCGUCUGCUGAUUCUUCCCCUCAUAGUCUGCAUCAUCAACUUGGUGGUUCCCUAUUUCUACAAUGUCCUAGCCAUCUGUGAGCAGCAUGAUUCUCCUGUUUUGGAGGUCUAUGUGGCUAUUUGCAGGAACCUGAUUCUCAAGAUGGUUAUUUUGGGACUUCUCUGUUACCGCUGGAUGGGUCGUAAAGUUAGAUCGCUAGAAGACCAGUGCUGGGAGACAUUUGUGGGGCAGGAGCUCUACCGCUUCAUGGUGAUGGACUUUAUCUUUACACUUGUGGACACCUUCUUUGGAGAGCUGGUCUGGAGGCUCAUUUCAGAGAAGCUGAAGCGGGAUCGGAAACCAGAGUUUGAUGUUGCUCGAAAUGUACUGGAGUUGAUUUAUGGACAGACCCUGACCUGGCUGGGUGUUCUCUUCUCUCCUCUUCUGCCUGUCAUCCAGGUUCUCAAGCUCCUGUUCUUGUUCUAUAUCAAGAAGAUCAGCCUCAUGGCAAACUGCCAGGCACCUAGGAAACCCUGGAGAGCUUCACAUAUGACCACUAUUUUCAUCACUCUCCUCUGCUUCCCCUCCUUCUUAGGGGCAGCCAUAUUCCUUUCCUAUGCCAUCUGGCAAGUGAGACCCUCCAGAACUUGCGGCCCCUUCCGGACCUUGGACACCAUCUAUGAGGCUGGGAAAAUUUGGAUUCGUCACCUGGAGGAAGCCAGUCCCAGUGUUACUUGGUUUACCUGGAUUCACCAGAAUCUUGUGGAAAAUACCUUUUUUAUUUUCCUUAUGUCAAUUGUGCUUCUAGUUGCAAUCUAUUUCAAUAUCCAGGUGGUGAAGGGACAGCGGAAAGUUAUCUGCCUCCUCAAGGAACAUAUUAAUAAUGAGGGAGAAGACAAAAUCUUCCUUAUCAACAAAAUUCACUCCAUCUAUGAGAAGAAGGCAAUCUAAGUGAAAUGAGCAGAACCAGGAGAUCAUUAUAUACCUCAACAACGAUACUGUUUGAGGAUGUAUUCUGGUGGAAGUGGAUCUCUUUGCUAAAGAGAGCUAAUUCAGUUUCAAUUGAUUAAGGAUGGACAGAAGCAGCUACACCCAAAGAAAGAACACUGGGAAAUGAAUAUAAACUGCUUGCAUUUUUGUUUUUCUUCCCAUGUUAUUUAUACCUUCUGAAUCCAAUUCUCCCUGUGCAACAAGAGAACUGUUCAGUUCUGCACACAUAUAUUGUAUCUAGGAUAUACUGUAACCUAUUUAACAUGUAAAGGACUGCUUGCCAUCUGGGGGAGGGAGUGAAGGGAGGGAGGGGAAAAAUCGGAAUAGAAGUGAGUGCAAGGAAUAAUGCUGUAAAAAAUUACCCUGGUAUGGAUUCUGUCAAUAAAAAGUUAUUAAAAGAAAAAACAAAAAACAAAAAAGAGAAGAAGGCAAUCCACCAAUAAGGGUCUGAAGCCAGAAGGUGAGAGGCCAUAAUGGGGCAAUGGGCACCCAGAGCUGUGGCUGGGUGAGGGUGAGGUGGGUAGUAGACAUAACAAGGAAAGGGAGAUGCAGACAUAGACAAUCUAGGACUGGGCUGGGCAAAAGAUUGGCUUACCAGAAGUGCAGUGACAGUGAUAUCUUCUGAUAAUUCUCUAGUGUACAAAAUCCUCUUGCAUUGGGGGGAGCUAUUAGUUUUCUCAUUUCACAAUGAAGCAUCUUGAGCCUGAUAGGGAAUGAUAGUUAAAUGUUUUCCCUAGCGUCUCAGCCUUUUUAUCCUCCUCCACACCCCUAACUACCUUGCUAGUUAGUUACCUUCCUGAAAACAGUGCCAAAAAUCUCUAUUCUCUGGAAAUCUCUAUCCCCGAGUUAAGAGUGAUGCACUGAUAUGAGAUAUUGUAGCAAAAAUGGUGCAUGAUUGGAGUCAGGUAGACUUGUGGUCAAAUCCUCACUCAAAUGUUUACUAGCUCUGUGACUCUGGACAGAAUUGUUAAUCUUCAUUCAUCUGUAAAAUGGGGACAAUAAUAGCUACUAUCUCACAUGGUUGUUAUGAGGAUGAAAUAAGAUUAUAUAUGAGAAGAUUUUUGUAGACCUUAAAGUUUUAUAAAUGCUAGUUACUAUUGUUGUUAUCUUGAUGGUCAAGGGGAUUCUCUCUUCUAUUCCUUAUUUUCCUUGACUGAGGAAGGUUUUAACCCUGAACAAACUGUUUCCAAUCUCUGGGUUUCAGUUUCUUCAUCUGUAAAAUGAGAGGGUUGGAUUUGAGGACCCUAAAGUUCCCUUCCAGCUAGCUCUGGCAUUCUAUAAUUUUACAAUAGCCACUAAAUAUGAACAGGUUGUGUGUGUGUGCGCAUGUGCAUGUGUGUGCGCAUGUGCGUGUGUGCGCAUGUAUCUUGGGGGUGUAGGGAGGAAAGCUUUAUAUAUGCAUAUACAUCUUUUCCUAGCUGUUAUGCUAUAUAUAGUAUUUUGUUGUUCAGUGACUUCAGUCACAUCUGGCUCUAUGACCCCAUUUGGGAUUUUCUUGGCAAAAAUAUGGAAUAGUUCACCAUUUCCUUCUCUAGUUCAUUUUAUAGAAGAGGAAACUAAGGCAAACAGAUUAGGUGACAUACCCAAGAUCCCAUAGCUAGAAAGUGUCUAAUGUUGGAUUUGAACUUAGUUCUUCCUGGUCUGGCUCUGUUUCACUGUGCUCCCAUAUAGCAGGUAAGGAAAAUAAUUUUCAUAUAUAAUAUAGCAGGUAAGAAAAAUUAGGAAAAAGAAUGAAUCAAAAAUCCAUUGGUACUUCUAUUAAAAAGAUUAGUUAUUUCUUUGUUUAGGAAAACCCUUCUGUAUUGACUAAAGAUCUGUGAAAAAAAUGACUGAGCCUGCAUCUUUGCUGUAGAAUUCAAGAAAUAAAAUUCAAGAUUAUUUUUAUUUA